CAUUGUGAGGCAUGGACGUUUUGCACCGCGGAGGUGACAUCGUCUGCCACGCUUAUAGCGGCGUUUGGUUCUUCGGAUCGCUCUUGGCGUCUAAAAAGUUCCGGCGCAGGCAGUUCGCCGCACAUGAGACCAAUAGCGAGCGGCAUGAGUUUAGUUUGGUGGCAUUCAUCCAUUGUGCGGCCCUGAGAAGACUCAAUCACCAGCAUACUCAGGUUACCCGUGCGCGAAGCACUCAACAGUCCCCAUCAUGUCGACCGACGCAGAUUCCUUGACCAACUGUCGCUUCUAUGAAGAAAAAUACCCAGAAAUCGAAAGUUUCGUGAUGGUGAAUGUGAAGCAGAUAGCAGAAAUGGGCGCCUACGUCAAGCUGCUAGAAUAUGACAAUAUCGAUGGCAUGAUUCUCCUCUCAGAACUUUCUCGACGACGUAUAAGGUCAAUACAAAAGCUCAUCAGAAUUGGCCGGAAUGAAGUAGUGGUUGUGCUACGUGUGGACAAGGAGAAGGGUUAUAUCGACUUGUCGAAGCGAAGAGUCUCCGCCGAAGACAUUGUCCGCUGCGAAGAACGUUACAACAAGAGCAAAUCAGUCCACUCCAUCAUGCGACAUGUGGCUGAAAAGACGAAAACACCCAUACUGCAAUUGUAUGAACAGAUCGGUUGGCCGCUAAACAAGAAGUAUGGUCACGCCAACGACGCUUUCAAGCUGUCUAUCACAAACCCGGACGUUUGGAACGAUGCUACGUUCCCCAACGAUGUUGUCAAGGAGGAGCUGAUAUCAUACAUCAGCAAGAAGCUGACGCCUCAUCCUACGAAGGUCCGUGCCGACGUUGAAGUAACGUGCUUCAAGUAUGAUGGAAUCGACGCUGUAAAGGAUGCCCUCAGAAAAGCAGAAGCCAAAAACACCCCGGAGACACAGGUCAAGGUCAAGCUAGUUUCUCCACCUCACUAUGUCCUGACCAGUCAAUGCCUCGACAAAGGAUUGGGCAUUCAAUUACUGGAACAGGCUAUCAAAGACAUUGAGGAGACGAUCAAGGGAGCCGGUGGUGGUUGUGUGGUCAAGAUGGCUCCUAAGGCUGUGACAGAACAUGAUGAUGCAGAACUGCAGGCAUUGAUGGACAAGAGAGCGAAGGAGAAUGAGGAAGUGAGUGGUGAUGAAGAUAUCAGUGAAAGUGACGAAGCACCAGAAAUCGCAUGAGCAUCUAUGUCGAUUUGACGAUGACCAUGAAUCCCUGGCAAAAAGGAGGACCGCAAGAAGUAAAAGCACAGGAUUUGUGGACGAGAUCGCUAAAGCCUGGUAUCCUGCUUCCGGCGACAAACACCUUCACAAGGACAAGAGGUCCAGCAGCAUGCGGGAUGGGGUUCUGCCAGGGAGAACUCACGCUCGUCCUGGGUUCGGAUGACUUCGAUGCCUGCAUAAUACGGCGCUUGCAUGGUCACUGCUCACAACGUCUGAGGAUACAAACCUUGCUCAGAUCAUUUUGAUAGAUCACCAACAAGGCUGGGAUUGACAGGGGACUGUUUAAGGAUCUUGAGCCUAGAAAGGAACCGGGACAAGCCUUAUGCCAAGUUGGUCAUGUCGUAAUGCGGGGGCUUGAGAACCUGAUUUUCAGGACUCCAUUAACGUCAAAAGCACAAUUUUCGAUAAGGUCUCAUUUUCUCGGCGUUCUUA